UAUCAGUUCUCCAGUUUCAAAGAAAUGCCUCUUUGACCCGUGUGUGUGCAGUGACCUGAGAUACUUUAGUUUUGUUCGUUACUCUCAUCAGCUGCCCUGAAGCAAAAUGGCCGACAUGGAAAAGUGAACCAGGAAGUGAACGGUUUAAACUUGUUCAGGCUGCAAGCAUGGAGGACGAGGAGUGUGAAGAGUGGAUAGUGGAGUCUCUCAGGCUGUACAAGGAUUUACACGAUUUUGAACUUCAAGAUCCGACUAGAGUCAUUGAAUGGAUUGGUGAGAAAAGUAUUUGUGUAGCCGGCUAUGAUGGCACUAAAACAAAUGAAAUCCUACAGCUGCUUGUUCCACAAAAAUUGCAAGUAAAAGAAAACCAGGGUUUGUGUCCCGAGAGAGAUCUGAAGGUGGAACAUGGCGGAUUCUCACAGUAUCCUGUGUACAGCUUGAAACAUGUCCCCAAGCACAGUCUGCUUCUUACAAGCGGCCCAGCUUCAGGACUAGUGCAGGUCUGGCAGAUAGGAGCAGAGGACAAAGAUGUCAUUAAACCCACAAGUACCAUUCAGUCGGAUGUCGGCAAGGACACUUGGACAAAAAUAGCCACAACAGCCGCAGCAUCUCCUCAAGUUCUUCAUGGAUCUCAUAUCAACAACGUCCAGAUCACAGAGAUUGAAUCCAAUAAGCAAAUCUAUACACAUGCUACAUCAGGCAGUGAGGCGCUUGGCUCGCUCUCCUUUCUGGAUCAGAACACUUUCUUGCUGUGCGGUCUGAGUGGGAGACUGAUACUUGUUGAUGUCCGACAAAUCGGGAUUGCCAGCGAGGGAAGUUUGGCCCUCUCUGCCUCCUGUAACAGCCAUUGGAUUGCAACAGUAAAACCAGGACAUCGGGAUAUUGCCAGCCUUUCCUCCGAGGGCCACAUCACCAUCACGGACUCCCGGGACCUCGGGGUGCCUCUUAAAUGUGCAAGAGGAAGAAUUUCUGAGCCGUCUAUGCCGGGGACCUUUAUGUGCAUCAACUGGGCACCUAGGCUGGAUAACUGCGUCUCCAUAUCAGGGUUUGAUGGAACCGUACAGAUCUAUGACACACAAUCCUGGGAUAAUGAUGUCAAAGAGAGAGAUGCUCUGUUCACUCACAGAGGUCACUCUGUCAUGGGGGUGUGCGAGGACGGCCGCGUCCCCCGGGCCACCUGUCACACUUGGCACCCAUGGAAAGAAAGGACUCUCAUAUCAGCCGCAAAUGAUGGCUCUUUACAUAUGUGGGACUGGCUGGACUGCUGUACCGGGCUCUGAUAAUAAAAUCAAUAUAAGACUGAUUUGCUAUCUUAUAGGGAACAUCUAUAAAUGGUCAUUUGUACCUUUAUGUAGUAAUAUGAAAAUUAACUUUUUUUGUCUGGAAUUCCUGGGAAAAUGGCGGAGUCCGCGCCUUCCUGCCUAGGCACUCCCUGUACCUUCAAUCUCAUAGCUGUAUAUCAGCAGUGUGAGAUCUAAGGCACUGCUGGCUCUGAUUGCUAGUCUCAGGAGAUUUGGUGAUGUCACUACUGUGCUGAUCUCUGUUCUCUUUGCUGGAGGCUCUGAUGUGAGGAAGAAAAGCCCUGCCUUCACCAAGAUUGCUGCCUCUACUUAUUGAAACCAUGCAGAAUAAGGCACCUGGAAU